UUUGACGCGGCGGUGUCAUGCCUACGCCAUUCGAGGAGAGGAUGGCCAAGAUGCUGCUGGCCCUUGACGCCGUAACACUCUCCAAGGGAGACUUUGACCAUGAUAUGGAGAGUGCGGCGCUGGGCGGACACCGUUACUUUCCUGAAACGCAUGCACCACCAGAUGACACCAACCCUGUCUUCGAAGGGGACGACGAUCAGUUCGAGGAAGCGGAAAUGCUUCCUCCCGGAAGAAAGACGUCAGAUUCUACUCCAGUCGUUGAGCAAGAGGAAGUCGAGCUGUAUGGAGACGCAGUGGACGACUACGACGAUGCAUACGUGAGCAAGAACCUUCGUACGUAUCCACACAGUCAACGGUUCACCUGUUUCAUUAAUGUGUGGGUUUCUCCAGGCGGGGAGAUCGACCCAGAUACAGACGCAGCACUCGCUUGCCCGUGUUGCUUUAUGAUAGUGUCAUAUGCAAGCCAACGGCAUGAAAAAUACGAUACGCAGUACCGCGCGUCCAAGGCCGUGAAUUGUCGCAUCAACACGGAGCGCACGUUCGUGUAUGACAACCAGAAGCUCGCCCCAGCCGCUCCGUCCACCGAAAGCGAGGUGUACGUAGCUGUCGAGUGCUCUGACUGCAACACCGUCGUGGGGGUCAAGCUGCAGGCGCCGGCCACCGAGCCAACGAUUCACUUUUUCCACGUCCUUCCCAGCCAUAUUUAACCAUGUAAACCGUUGACAGAGUUCACAUUUGGC